GACUGUUGGUCCGAAGCCCUUCAAAAUCCCUUAUUCUUCUUGUUCUUUUUCUUCGUGAUCAUCCUCCUUCUCGGCUUCUCAAAACAGAUGGAUCGUUCUGAUUUAUGUUAUGGUGUAUUGCCUUUCUCUGUCAUUGAUGUGUUGUUUUUAUUUUUAUUUUUGGCUGAGCAAGGGUAGUUUCCCUUCAUGGAGGCCAAUCAUGGCACAGCGAUGCCAGUCAUCCCGGUGGUGGAGUCCGCAGUGUUGGUGGACACAGCUCGCAAUAAGCAGCUUGUCAUGGCGGAGCACGGAAACGGGAUGCCUAAGGCCCGUGUUGUUGGUGGAGAAUUUGGAGAGGUCAGCAGUGGGACGACCAUGGAUGCUACUGGUGGUGCUGCGGGUGCAUCCACCUCGGCGGUGAAGAGGAGGAGAGGAAGGCCGAGGAAGACCGAUGUCGUGGUUGGAACGAGGCCAGCGCCAAUCUCUGUCACGCCCGUUUCUCAGCUGCCGAAACGCGGCAGAGGGAGGCCGAAAGGGUCUGGCAAACGGCAGAUUUUGCCUUACACCGGUGGCACUCCGAUGGAGACGGUUGGAGAGAACUUCAACAUUCAGAUCGUAACGGUACACAUCGGGGAGGACAUCGUUAACAAGGUAUACUCGUUCCAUCAAACAAGUGAAUCAGUUUGUGUGGUGUCUGCAACUGGUGCAGUCUCUAGUGCAGUUAUACGCCAACCCGGUUCUUCCGGUGGUACUUUGAGAUUUGAGGGCAUCUUCGAGAUAUUGUCUCUUAAAGGACUGCUGUCAUUUGGAGGGGCGGUCGCUGGUGCAGGUCGACGGCCGAACAUUUUCAGCAUUGUCCUGGCAAAACCCGAUGGGCGGGUCUUUGGGGGUGGUGUUGCUGGGGCGCUAAUUGCUGCCGGCCCAGUUCAGCUUGUGGUCGGAACCUUCACGGAAACCGUCACGAAAGAGAGCAAAUUGGGGCGACCUCGCAAAUCUCCAACACCAGCCCCUAGCAUUGCUGCAUAUCCCAACCAGGCUCUGAUGAACUCUGGCAGUAAUUUUGAUGGAACAGUAAUACUCGGUGAUGGGUGCUAUGGGAUACCACCAUCUGCAGGAUUGGACGCGAUCCUCGAUGUGGCGGAAGACCUCUCUCCCAGUAACAUUUGAUAACAGACCCGGCUUCUCAUAGGCAUUUUAAAUCGCAUCUUUAGCUUGAGAAUCCCGGCGUAAUGUUAUGGUUUCCAUGCACACAUUCUAUGUUUCGCUUUCUAGAGAGCAGCUUUUUCCGCUUGGUAUUUCAAUUACAGGAACAAAGCAAAAAGCUUUUGUAAACAUUCAUUCAAUGGUCGUCUUUGUAAUCUAAACGCGCUUCCAUGUAUCAAACUGGUCCUGCAGUUUAUUAAAUUCUCAUGUUUCGAUUUAUAUGGCCUGACCCCCACACUGUGUAAU